UGUUUUUGUUGUUGUUUACAUAAUUAUGAAAUUUAUAAAAAUUUAAAUUACAUUAUUAUUAAUUAUUUUACUUUCUCAUUCUUUUUAUAAAAGGUUAAAUAUUUUAUUUUCUAUUGAAUAUUAUAAACUUGAUAUUAUUUUAAAUGGAUAUUAUUUAUAGUGAAAAAAGUGUGGGAAAAUUAUAAAUUGUAUAUAUACAUAACCUCUAAAUCGUCUUCUGUCAUUUUUAAAUAUGGAAACAAUGAAUACAGAAUUAUUGAGAACUCCAGAUGAAUUAAGUGAAUUAUUUCAAUUGGCGAAAUUAAAUGAAUUGGAUUUUAGUAAUGUAACACAAAUUUUAUAUUCAGAGAAGGAAAAUGACUAUUCAAAUAUUAAAUUAAUUGAAUUGGAUAAAAAUUUGUUGAAUGCAAUAGAAGUAGGUGAUAGUUUAUCGUUUCGAGGCGAAAAAAGCGAAUCCGUUGUUUUAUGUACAAAAAAUCAAACUUACGAUGUGAGAGAUGCCGAAACAUCAAAUUCUCUUAUUCUGGUACCAAAUUUAAAAUUCCACUCUAAAUUAAAUGGUUCGGAACCAGAAAAUAAAUCCAUAGUGGCACAAGAAGUAAAAGGAAUAUUUCACUCUUAUCUUGAAGUGCGACAAUGUAAACCUAGAUUUAGUAAACUUCCUGUAAUAUUAGGGCCAACUACAUUUAACGGAACGGAAUAUGAAAAACGUAUAGAUAAAAAAGAAUUGUACAAUUGGAAUAAACUUCGUUCUCACAUUCAAGCAAGUGAUGAAGAACUAAUUAAUGCUCUUUCACAAUAUUCAGUUGUAAAUAUAAAUGGAUAUUAUCGAAUUGUAUCAUUUGAAUAUGAAACACAAGCAUUGACAAAUAUGUUAGAAUUUGUCGAUUACAAUUCAAUAGAACCUGAUCAAGUUGAUAAAGAAGCAAGUUUGGAAGCUUUACAUGAAUUAAUUCCCGAACCUGUAUUUAAUGCAAUUUUUGAUAAAUAUACCGAACCAAGUGGCAAAUUUAAAGACACUGGAGAAAUUUUGUACAGAUAUAUUGAGGAAAAAGUUUGUAGACUUUUGGCUAAUGUUUUACUCACAGCAUCGCCAGUUACUGAAUAUACUGGAUUCAUGGAAGCUUGGAGUAUUGGAACACCUGAGGGAAUGAAAUCGCAGGAAAAAUAUCUAUAUGGAAUAGCAAUUAUUAAAUGGAACAGUGAGAAAAAUAGAAAAGAAGUUGUUUCAUUUCCAGAAUCAAAUUUACCGGAUAAUAUUGAAAAGAGAUUUGAGGAACUUUUUAAAAUCAAAGACAAAUGGACCAUUGAGGAGAUAACGCCUUACAUUAUAAAUUUAGCAACUGAAAAAUUAAAUGUGAACGCACUCUUGACAAAAUACGGAAGAAUGUCCACGAAAAAUGGUAUUCGCUUUUACAGCUCAAAACAUGGAAAAUAAAUUAUUGGUUUUUUUUUUUCAAACAAAAAAAAGGCGAAAUUUCUUUUUUGAUGAAAUCAUACAUGUAAUUUAUUUUUGUUUAUAAUAUAGUUACAUUUACACAAAUUUACAAA